CCAGAAAAUUGGCUGGUUUGGUAAGGCAAAAUUUUCAGGGUAUUCCAAUUUCAGCUCAGGGACAAUCAAAUGAAUCAGCUGUCCCAGCUUUAAGCACUGGGAACAACCCAAAGGGGCAGGUUUACAAUUUCAAUGUGGUGUUAUUGGAUCCCAGUGAUGAUUCAAUUCCCAGGGGUACUUAUCAGGCAAGAUCUUCUUAACACUGGCAGGAUUGUCCAGAUAUCUUUGGGUAGGGGAACACAAGAAGCAGGAGCACUGAGAGCCCUGAAUGGUGCCUUCCCUUUCCUCAGAGGAGCAACCACAAAUGAUGGAGAGUACUGCUUUGAAAUUCUCGCGACUGAUAAAAGCUCGAGAAACGUGUUGAUCCCUGCUGUCCGGCCAUCUUCAGGGUUUUCUGCCAGGGAAUUGAAGAAAAUGUGUGGCCAGGGUGCACUGUACCUGCGCUUAAUAGAGAGCAGCCCUAGUGAUCAUGAGGAUCAGCCACCUAGACCAUCAGCAUCACGAGGAGGUGGGUGUGAAUUUGUUAUAUCAAUUGAAUAAUGUAUGUAAAUCAGUAUUAAAAUUC